CUCCGCCCCGUGAGGCCCGCAAAUCCCGAGGCGCUGAGUCUCGGGUUGUCUAGGCUCCGGGAGGUAAUGCCCUGGAAGGCAGGGAACGUGGAAGAGGCUGAGGCAGGUGCGGAGGAGGUGGGCGCCGAGGAGGUGGGCCCUGAAGAGUACGGCGGGGAGGAGUCGGGCACCGAGGAGUCCGUACCGGAAGAGUCUGACCCAGAGGAGCCGGGCGCCGAGGAGGAGAUGGAGGCCGGGCAGCCGCGGCCGGUGCUGCGCUCAGUGAACUCCUGUGAGCCGUCGCAGGUCAUCUUCUGCAACCGCAGCCCGCGCGUCGUGCUGCCGGUGUGGCUCAACUUCGACGGUGAGCCGCAGCCCUACCCGACGCUGCCGCCCGGCACGGGCCGCCGCAUCCACAGCUACCGAGGUCACCUUUGGCUCUUCCGAGAUGCAGGGACAUAUGAUGGGCUUCUGGUUAACCAGACUGAGCUGUUUGUGCCAUCUCUCAAUGUUGAUGGACAGCCUAUUUUUGCCAACAUCACACUACCAGUGUAUACUCUGAAAGAGCGGUGCCUCCAGGUUGUCCGAAGCCUAGUCAAGCCUGAGAAUUACAGGAGACUGGACAUUGUGAGAUCACUCUAUGAAGAUCUGGAAGACCACCCAAAUGUAAGGAAAGACCUGGAGCGGCUGACACAGGAGCAUAUUGAAAAUCAACGGCUGGAAGGGGAGACUGAGGAUUUUAAUUGAAAUUUGCACUCCUGAGUCUGAGCCUUUGAUGGUACUGACUAGUCUUGAUCUACGUUUAGGACUAGUCACUUAUUCUCAGAUUCAAGGUGUCUCAUUCUCAGAGUAAAAAAUCCUCCAUUGCUUAAAGGAAAGUUAACUGACUUCACUAGGCAUUGUGAUGUUUAGGGGCAAAUAUCACAAAAUGUAAUUUAAUGCCUGCCCCUUCUAGAAGUAUUCAUUGGGUAGUUG